UUGUUGACAUAAAUUCUAUUACAACUUAUUAAUAGUGUUGUCAUAUGACGUAAUAUGUUUACGUUUUGAUGCUACGAGUGAAGAGAUGGAUGUCAAAAGAUAUUACACAUUAACAUUUAAUUGGUUGAUUUAUUGUACUUGAAUGAGCUUUUUUUAUAGAUACUGAAUGAUAAUAUUUAAAUUAUGAUACUUAUUAAGUGUACUGUAGUUUAAAAUACGUAAUCAAGGUAUGGAGAAAUCGUUACUUAAUGAACCAUCAACUAUGAAUGAUAGUCCUUUGGAUCAAAUUGAUAGUGAUGGCAAUGAGAGAAUACAGUGUUCUUCUCCUGAAAGGCAGAUAACUGAAAAUACCAAUAGUUCAACGAUUGAAUCACAAAUUGAAGGCAAAAAACCAGAUAAUAUGAACAUUGAAGCUAAUGAAGGACAACCUGUUAGAGAAGCUGUUGAUGUGCAAGAUUCAGUAGGCUUGAUUCAUCAUACUCAAAUUAACGGACCAAUAAUUCUGGAAAAUAGUGAAUCUGCAUUUUUGUGCAAAUAUCCUGGUUGUAAUUUUACAACUGUUAAUGCUGAACUUUAUCUUAAACAUGAAGAUAGUCAUGUUGAUAUUGGAGCAGUCUCAUGUGACGCUUGUGGCAUGACUUUUAGAACGUACGCAAAUAUGCGUAGACAUCACCUUUAUGUUCACCAGGGUAUUCGUACAUUUGAGUGUCAAUAUUGCUCAAAGCGCUUUUUACGUAAGGAACAAUUUGUAGAACAUUUGGCUAAGCAUACUAAGCCAAGACCUUAUCAUUGCACGUUUUGCGGAGAAACUUUUAAUUUCCGUGGACAUUUAAAAACACACCUUUCAACAGAACAUGCCGGUAUUGUUGUUGGCAAGACAUGCCACUUGUGCAACUUUAAGGCAUCAUCUCCUAAUGCAAUUAAAGUUCAUUAUGCUACUUUUCAUUUGAAACAAAAUAUGGAUGUGCCAGGUAUUGAUAUUGAUAGAAUGAGAGAUUUAUGUGGCAAUUCUCACAUUUUAAACAGUCAUCAUGAAAAUGGUGCCAUAGAUUUAGCUACUGUGUCUCAAAAUUUUUCAUUUAUGAACUCUCAUUUUCCAAUUUAUUCUCUAUCUGGAAAUGAGAAUAAUAUAGCAAUGCCCGGACCUUCAGAUUUAAGUUGUCGCACUAAAGUUAUUAGACGAGCUACUUCUCCAGUUCCAAAUAUUCAAAACUUAACAGCUGCUGUCAAUGAACCGGCUAAAGAAGAUGACAAUCGACAUACUUGCGUCACAUCUUUAGCUGGUUCAACUGUUAUUAGUCCACCAACAUGCCAAGAUGGUGCUUGCCAGCGUAUGGAAAUGCGCAUACGCCAGAGAAUGUGUAUUAAACCAGAACCACCAGAGCUUACAGUUGAUGAUAGCCAGAACAGCAGCGUUCAACCUACUAGCACAAUGGACUUAUCUACCAAUGAAGUUGUUGAAACUACUUGUAACUCUCACGAAACACUGUGUAGAAGAAAGGUUCAUAAACAUUCAUCAUCUGAUGAUACAGGCUCUGAGAGUCAUAACUCUCCCUCAAACAGACUAUGUGUUGAUUCGCAACAAGUUGGGAGGACCCCCCAUACAUGUUUUAGGUACCGGCCUUACGAUGAAGGUAGCAGCCAACGUUGCCGAGAAUUCUCCAGGCAUACUUGUGUAGCUCAUAGUCAUCCUGAAAGAAGAGCUAGGUUUUCAGAUAGUGACAUUGAAAGAAGUGCUCAUAACGAGCAAUCAGAUGGUGAAGAGCGUAAAAUAUUUUACAGUAGGGCUACAUCCACAAAUAAUGCAAUAGUUCCUGGUGACAGAAUAGAUGCUUCUAGAAGUAAUCUAGCAACAACUUUCAAUACUGAGGGAUCCACGUUUACGACUGCCCCCAGUAGCAUCUCAAAUUACUUCGGUCGUAAAAAUAUUGUCAUUCGUGAUAUUGAAAGUUGUACUCUUACUUGCACAUUUUGCGGGAUAAUAUUUCCAGAUCAAACUUUGUAUUUAUUGCAUAGAAGUCUUCAUUCUGAUAAUAGUCCAUGGAAGUGUAACUUGUGUGGAAAGAUAUGUAGUGAUAAAUACGAUUUCAAUUCUCAUAUAAUCAGUAAGGGGCAUUAUUGAAUUUGUGGCACACAUCUAUUCAUUAGCUCAAUAUUUCAUUUUUUGCUAAUAUUCUGAAUAUAAAUAUACUAUUGCUUCUGAUUUUAAUGUUAUUCAUUAAAUGUUAAGAAUAAGUUUUUAAACUAGAAAUUUUUCAUAUUAACGCACAUUGAAAAGUACUUAAUUUUGUAAGAAUAGAAAAUACUUAUUGAUGUGAAAAUCAAGCAAAACUCUACCCAAUAAAAUAGGCUUUCUUCUAGCUGUUUAUUCUAAAUAAGAAAAAUUUUACCAUCAUUUUGGAAUGUCUCUUUUAACCCGUAUAGUGAUUUUUAUUCUUUUAAAAAUAAAUGUGUUUUAUUCUCAUUGUAUUUUAAAGAAAUGUAUCUUCAUUCGUUUUGAAACUGCUCUAUGUUUUUUUUUGUCUAAAGAAAGACAUUAUUUAAUUAACUAAUUAGAUUUUUUGUUUAUGAAAUAUUAGUGCCAGCUUUUCAAAAACAAGUUUAAUGAAAGAAAUUAAAAUAUUUUCUAACAGUACUUAUAACAUGAUAUGAAAGUAUGUGUUCUUUGUCAUUAAAGUUUUACUUUUCACCAAAAGAAAGCAGCAAAGUUCAGGCAUUCUAUAAAAACUUCUUUUUUUCUUCAGUUUUUUAAAUAAAAUAAAAAAAUUUGUAUCUUAUUAUUACCAGCUCUAAUGGUACUCAAUUUAGGUAUGACUGAAAUUUUGUUUAUUUUUACGAAGUAUAUGUCUGCAUGACGAAAAUUUGCAAUUUCAACCUUUAAUCACAAAUAGUGAAAUGAGGAAAAUUCAUCCUUUUUAGGUUUUAUCACUUGUAUAUUGUAAAUAAUUUACCGUCAAAAAAUUUUGGUAUUGAGUCAAUGACGGUGCAAAUAAUGUCAUAAGGUAAUGUGUUACUUUUUCAUUAUUGAUUGUUCUAUUUCACUUAUGAAAAUGCAUUAUAAUAUUAUUAGAAUUAAUUCUAGGUUGUAUGGAAUAAAAAUUUUAUAGUUAAAUUUUUUUGAUUUAAGAUUUUCUCUUUUUGUUCAAGAAAUAAAUUUUUUUCUUAUUCUAUGUUUUUUUUAAUUUUCUUUUUUUUUUACUAUUUAACUUCAAACAACUCUUUUUUCCCCACUAGUUCAAUAGGUAUGGUCGUUUUUUACACUUUAAUUAUGUACAAUGCACAAAUUAAACAAAACACUUCAAUAACCUUUGAUCUAAAUAUUGGAUUUUCACAUACAAAGAUGCAAUCUUAAUGGUUCAAUGACCUAACCUUUAAUAUGCUGUUAUAUGUCCAGACUAAUAGAUAUAUCCAGACUAUUAAACAGUACAUUAAAAGUUAGACCAUUUGUUAAAAUAGAUACGAUGUAGAAACUAUUCGUGAGAAUUUGGUAUUUUUUUUUACAGUAUUGAUCCAUUAAUUAAGCUGGCAUUUCAAUGUCUUUCUAUAAAUGUGGAAAGAUUUCUUUAUUAGUGCCUGCACAUAAUUUUUUUGGCAAAAUUUGACUAAAAUAAGACGGUUACGGGUGAGAAACUUAAAGAAAUAUUACAGAAUAGGGAAAAUUUUAAGGGUUAAGCUCAUAGCCACUCCCAGGCGAGCCACUACGCUUAAUUGCAGAAUCAGGCAGUGGCAUUUCUUGGAUUUAGAACAGGUAUAGAUUUGAAAAUAUCCACGACAUCUCAAUGUCACUGUAAUUGAACAUGAUGAAGAUUUAAAAAACUUGACUGUCGAUGAACAGUGAUGGUACUUAAUUAUGUAUUAUUAAUACUUAUUUUUACAAACUUAAUUAAACGAAAGAAAAAUGUGUGCUAGUUAUUGAAUGUUUUUUUUUUUUUAAGUAAGCAAUUAAGAAGAGUAAGCAGCAAUACUGAAAUAAACAUUCUAGAGUUACAUCUAAUUAUAGUUGAUUGUUAUUUUGUUUUGAUUAAUCAUAUUUUAGGGUUUUGCUUAUACACUCUCUGAAGUUAAUGUAUUGCUGAGUGUGAUUCUAAUUUGAUAGUUUAAAUGUAAAAUUAAGUUUUUUCCUUAAAUGCUAUUUUUUUUCUUUUGCUGUAGAGUAGUAAAAUACACCAAAAAUUUCUUAUACUGUUUUGGAUUGGAUUAUUGAAAACAAACAGCUUAACUUGAGAUUGCACAAUCUGUUUUAGAUUAGCCGUUUUUUAAUUAAGAGCUCUUAAAAUAAAAUAUUAGAUAGUCUUUUUAAAGUUUAUCACAAAUUUGAUCCCUAUUGUCCUAUAGUAUUACUGACUUAUUAUUAUAGAUUUGUUUGAUUUUACUAAAAACUAAAUUGCAAAUAGGGAAAGCUAUGCAUUAUUCCUUGUGGUAUUAUGCAGAAGAAAAACAGCAAUUUUGAUUUAAAUGAAACAAAAUUUCAUCAUAAUUGUUGUAAAAAUAUAUAUAUAUAUUUUUUUUUUGGAAAAAUUUUUAGAAAAAAUCUUUACUCUUAAAAGAAUAAUCAGUUAUUCAGUUCUAUUUUUUCCUUCAACUGUCCAAAAGUUUUACAUUUGUGAGAGUUAGUGGUAGAAAACAUAACUUUUACUUAAUCAGGGAAAACUGGUUUUGUGACUGAAAAAACAAUGGAAGGAGGUCACACAUUCAUCACGAAAGCACAGUCAUAAUUUUUUUAAAUAUUGCUGCUGUAUCUUAAGAGCUUUAUUUUGUUAUGAAAAUAUGUUUUAAAUCUAAACAUUUUCUUUAUAUUUACUUUUUUGUUGUUAACCAUAGGUUUUGAAUUUUAUCAUUUAAAUUCUUUUGUGUAUUUUUUUCCCUCCAUUUUCUAAAUUUUUAACCAUGUCAUUCUUUCUUUGUUUAUUUUGAUGCUUGUAACUGUUUGUACUAUUGUGGUGACUGUCUAAAACAAUUUGUGCUGUAAACAAAGUUAAAGCCCAAUUUAUUUGUGCUCACAAAACAAUAUUGACAUAGUUUAAAAUAUACUAAAUUUGAAUUGAGUGUUAAAAACUACUCCAGAGAGUUUAUUUAUAAGUUCAGCUUUAAUUUUUAGUUGGUCAAAAUGCAAUAUUAAAUGCUAUAUUUUAGACAAAAUAUAUGAUCAGAUCUUGCAUGCUAUAAAUAUAGUUGUAUAAAAUUAUUUAUACAUGAAUAGAAAUAUUUUAAGCUGUGUUUGUGUUGUUCUGUGAAUUUGAUAUACUUACAUAAUUUUGUUUCUCAGUGUUAUUCUUUAUUUUUUUAUUUUUUUUUUUUUAGAUUUUAAAAUUAAUCAAAUUUUAAAUAUCUUUUAUUAUAAUUUUUUUCAUUAUUACUGUAUUGAAGGGUGCUCUUCAAUAAGAAGUAGCUAUAAUUUUGGGUGUUGUGCUUUAUACUUGUAUGUACCAUUUUGUAAGGAAAUUUUUUUUUUAUCAUUUAAGCACUCAGCUUCAAACAUUAACUAUUAUGUUAUCAAUCUGUGUCCCAUAGUAAAUUUUCAGUGUUGAACAUUUCAUAGCCAGUCAUUAGUUAUUAUUAGGGUUGCAAGUUUGACUCCAAAAAAAAAAUUACCAAAAUUCGCAGAAGAUUCGUGAAGAAUUUUGAACAUUUCGAGGGAAACAAAUAUAAUAAAACAUAAGCAACAUGUAUACUUAAAAAGAUAGACCUGGUACAAAUAAUAAAAUUAAAAUAUGUACAUGGUAAAAAUAAAAACAUAAGCAAUAAUAAAACAAAAUCAAAAAAAAGAGGGAAAAAAUAUUUCUUUUAAUUUUAUGCAAUAUUAAUAUUUUUAUUAAACUGAACAUAUUUUUGGUAUUAAAUAUAGUACGUUGCUAAGUUAUAUUAGUUUAUAUUUGGGUGCUAAUUGCUUCAGGCAUUUUUAUGCAGUAAAAACAAUGUUUAAGCAUCAAUGCUGUUUGUAGGCAUUUACGAACAAUGAAAAGCUGCUAUGGAACGUUUUGAGACAAAGAUCCAUUUGUUCUUAUUGGUAUACUCUAAAAAUUAACAUUUUGCUAUGGAUCUAUUCUCUAAAAUGUAUUAUCAAUUAUACAUAAUUUUGAAACUUCUAAAAGUAUUAGUUGCAGUUAAAAUUUAAGCAA